UGCAUCACAAAAAGGGAACAUUCAGCCAUUACACUGCGAUGAGGUGUGCCGGAGACUUUGCAUAGAUUAUCAAGCAAUCAAGAAGCAACUAAAAAUAUCUGGAGUUGCUGAGCACACCUUUGCGCAUAGGUGUCUGGGUGUGGGUGGCUGGAUUCUUUGGGUUCUAUACUGUUCUGGGGGUGUAGCUAUAGGUUAUUUUCUAUUUCUUUGGGUGUAAUUAGAGUAGUUUCUUUUUGUAUUUACCCUGAAAAUGACGGCUCAGGUAGACUACCUGGCGGUGUUGUUCACGACCACAUCUGGCGCGAGCGGAGACCUCUUGGGUUCGGACGAGACGGAGCUCGAGCAGUUGGUGUGGCAGCUCGUGGACUUGAAGAACAAAAAGUUGGGAAAGGUGAAUGAGGUGUUAAUAAGGCCUGAUCACUCGGACCUUACAGAAGAUUGUCUGGGGGAGAGAGAGGACAGCGAGGAGUCUGUCUCUACAGUCACAGGCUUGGAGAACGCGAUAAACCAGUUCCAUCUGAGAUUGACCAAUGAGGUGAACAGCUUAGGCGCAGGCACGUCAGUGUGUGUGUGUACGGACGGGCAGCUCCACAUUCGCCAGGUUCUCCACCCCGAAGCUGCGGGCAAGAACCUGGCACUGCCAGAAUGUUUCAACUCCUUUUUUGACCUGAGGAAAGAGUUCAGGAAGCACUUCCCCUCUGCAGACACCAAGAGCCUGGAGGUGCAGUACAUGGCAGAAUCUCUCAGUGUAACUGUGGAGCCAGUAGCCAUAUUGGAGCCGCCGACCGUACUGGAUCCAACUGCUGUGUUGGAUCCGACGGCCAUGUUGAAUCCGACGGCCAUGUUGUCACCGGUCACAGCAGCACUGCAGGUCCAGACCAUGGCCAACAUCGUUCUAGCCCUGCUAUUGGAACCCUUAUGUCACACAUUCUCAAACCCAGAGAGAGUCACUGAGAAGUUUGAAAGUGGCACUUGCAGUAAGAUGGAGCGUGUGUGUGACAACACAGUGAUCAGAGCGAGGGGGUUGCCGUGGCAGUCAUCUGACCAGGACAUCGCUCGCUUCUUCAGAGGACUCAACAUUGCCAAAGGUGGUGCUGCUUUGUGUCUGAACGCCCAGGGUCGGAGGAACGGAGAGGCUAUGGUCCGCUUCAUCAGUGAAGAGCACAGAGACAUGGCCCUGCAGAGACACAAACACCACAUGGGCAACAGAUACAUAGAGGUGUACAAGGCAACAGGAGAAGACUUCCUUAAGAUAGCAGGCGGUACCUCCAGUGAGGUGGCGUUGUUUCUGUCUCGCGAGGACCAGGUGAUUGUCAGGAUGAGAGGUCUUCCCUUCACCGCCACACCUGACCAGGUGCUGGCCUUCUUCUCCCAGGGGGAGGGGCCUAAAGAGGCGUGUCCUGUCAGUGGUGACAAGGAUGGCAUCCUAUUUGUGCGUUUCCCUGAUGGAAGGCCGACAGGCGACGCCUUUGUCCUAUUCGCCAGUGAGGAGCAUGCUCAGUGCGCUCUCAGGAAGCACAAAGACAUCCUGGGAAAGAGAUACAUUGAGCUGUUCAAGAGCACCGCCGCUGAGGUGCAACAGGUGUUGAACAGGUACACGUCAGCCCCUCUGAUCCCCGUGGCUCCAGCCCCCCUGGUGUCAAUGUUGCCCUCUGUGUCUCUGUUGCCCUCUCCUGGUGGUGUGAGGGACUGCCUCAGGCUGAGGGGGCUGCCCUACACCGCCACCAUAGAGGACAUACUGGCCUUCCUAGGAGAAUACACACACGACAUCAGACCACACGGAGUACACAUGGUGGUCAACCAACAGGGUCGUCCGUCAGGGGACUGUUUCAUCCAGAUGCGUUCAGCAGAGCGGGCUUUCUCUGCCUCCCAGCGGGUCCACAAGCAGGUGAUGUCUGGUCCGGGCCAGGCUGGCAAGCGAGGGGUUAACAGCCGCUAUGUGGAGGUGUUCCCCUGUAGCGCUGAAGAGAUGGGUCUGGUGUUGAUGGGAGGCUCCCUCUCACACACACACAUUCACACACACACCCGGACCAGGAGUGGGACAGGGCUCAGCCCGCCGCCAUGUAAGUCCAGACGUCUGUCUCCUCCCUCCUACUCCUUCCCACCCAUCCCUUCCAUCCUGCCGGCUGAGGCUGCCGGCCUCUUCCCUCCCAUUGGGCAGGUGCUGCUGAGUCCCCGCCCCCUAGGACCUGGACACGCCUACUACCCAGCUAGCACUCAGUUCUACAUGAACUACACUGCAUACUAUCCCAGUCCCCCAGGUUCUCCCAACACUAUAGGUUACUACCCCUCCCCCACCCCUCUGCCCUCCCCUGGGGGAGUGGUCCGUAUGCAUGGCCUUGCAUAUAAAGAACUGCUCAACACCAUUCAGGGAUACCAGUACGCUACUGAGGAUGGCCUUGUGCACACUCAUGCUAACAUGCACGAUCACGAUCCCUCCCGGACUCUGCUCACGCAGCCCAAAGAGUGGAGUCCUAUGGAGGCAUUGCCUGUACUGAGCAGUAUGAUUGGUCAGUCCAGCAGUGGUGAUGCUCUGAUGCCCUUCCCCCCUCUCCUGACCAAGCAGGGAGGGCACUACCUGGACCUAAACAUGCUAUAGAAGGCUCAAAGAUCCACACACUGACACUCACUACCCACACAGAUCUGGAGGGCAACAGUGAAAAGUGGUUAUAUUUCAUGGCUCUAUAUUAAACUGUGCUGAAAGUUUGACACUCCUUCACCACAAUAUCACACAACACACACAUGCGCCCCCCCCCCCCCCAAAAGGACAUGUGGGGGAAUGUCCUGGCCUCCAGCUCUGAUGUGUGAUCCCUGUUUGAGUUUUGUGGUAUAUACAGUGUAUAUGCAUGAGCAGAAAUGUAUUUUAUAUCAGAGCUUUGCCUCAGCCAAACAGCAGCUCUGUCUUAUAUUGCACAUAGUAUUUUUAAAAAGCUUUCUAGAGAGACGUUCUAAGAUGUUACAACCACUUCUGGAGACGUCUGUUAGAAGUAGAGCUGCGUUUAGUACUAAUUAUUGAUCGGAACCUUUCUUCAUGACUUGCAUGCAUUUGUGUAUGUGUGUAAGGGCUUGUGAAUGUGUGUGUGUGUGUGUGUAUAAGUGUGUGUGGAUGUGUGCGUAAGUGCGUGUGAGAGAGAGAGAGGAAUGUGCAUAGUGCACUACUCUCUCUAGAUACUAUAUGUAUAUAUUUUAUUUUAUACUGUCUGUCUAAAAACGUUAUAUUACAUUUUAUUUCUUUAUACUUUCUAUAAUUGUACAAUCCAAUACUAGAACAUUGUAUUAGGAAGCCUCCUGCAUGAAGAAGUUAGUAGUGCUAGCUACACUCAGAUGUUUACAUGUUAUGGAAAAUAUAAAGCACUGCUAACCAAUCAGAUUACUAUACAGAUUAUACUGUAUAUCAACAGCAUAGUGUCUGACAUAAAAGUUACAUGUAGUUAGUCAAAUGCUGAAUCACUCCCACACCCCUCCCAUCUAACCUGUUUAUGUUUGCCUAGUUCCACUCCACCCUUGCCUUUUGUUUGUGAUGCCAAGCUGAGCCCAGAGCCAGGAGAUUACUAUUCCUGUUGCCGGUGGUGUAAAGUACUUAAGUAAAAAUACGUUAAAAUACUACUUAAGUAGUUUUUUGGGGGUAUCUGUACUUUACUAUUGAUAUUUUUGACAACUUUUACUUUUACUCCACUACGUUCCUAAAUAAAAGUAUGUACUUUCUACUCCAUACAUUUUCCCUGACACCCAAAAGUACAAGUUACAUUUGGAAUGCUCAGGCAGGACAGUAAUAUGCUCCAAUUCACACCGUUAUCAAUAUAACGCGUUGUAAUCCCUACUGACUCUGUUCUGGCAGACUCAAGAAAAGAAAAUACUGCGUUUGUAAAUAAAUUUACUUUUUUACGACAGUUGAGUACUUUUUCCACCACUCUACUUAAGGACAUUUAAAACCAGAUACUUUUAGACUUUUACUAAAGUCAUUUUCUAUUAAGUCAUCUUCACUUUUACUCAAGUAUGACAAUUGAGUACUUUUCCCACCAAUGUCUAUUGCCUUACCCAGCUCGGUCCCAACUCACUGUGAUGGAGAUUUACCACUGUGCUCUCUGAUUCCUUACUGUAAUGUCACUGUGCCUGCAUCUCAACAGUCUACUUCACUGACAUAAAAGGAAUUUUACUCCCAUGAAGGCCAGAUUAGACAGUAGAGCUAUAAAUGGCCUAUGAUGAUGUAAUACAUUGAUGUCUGCUGUGACUGUGGGUCCCUGGCUGUCCAGGGAACUCUCCUGUGACCACAAUGACACUAAUAAAUAGAACAUGUGAAACAA